GAAUCGACGCGCGAAUUCAGCCCUGCUACGUGUAUAUACAUUCACAUCCAUGCGUGUGAUACGAUCGGACGCGCGGUCGGUGAGAGGCGGAGAGUCAGAGCAGCAGAGAAAAGCCAGAACUACCAGGAGUGCCAGAAGAGGCCGCCGUAGCUGCGGCAGUUGAGACAGUUGGGGCUGGUUGAGGCCGUUGGGGGCGUUGGGGCAAGCGCACGAACACGACUCUACGGUCUCUACGGGAGUGAAUUCGCGUUUGCGAGGAAGUCGCGAUCGUGAGUUCGGUGCGUGCACACAUCGGCUCGCGUACAUAUAAUAUAUGUAUAUAUACAUGCCCGUUUCGGCUGUGAACGGCGCGCCCGCGGCUGCGAUCGCCGACGGGUCGAACGGCGUAGCAACGGAUGGCUCGCGAUUCUGGCCGAUCGGCUGGCUGAAUAUGAUGCGCGCCUGCGACGACACGUCCGAUGUACGAUUGGAGAAGUUCCGAGCGGCGACAAACGGCGCCGUCGCGACGGCGUCGGGGAAUGGGGACGCGAACACGACGGAGGAGAUGGCGACGUCGAGGAAGUGUGAUGGACAGCUGUCUAUGCUGUGCGCGACGAACAGCUGUUCGUCCUGCAAGCCUGCAUGCCGUACGUCAGAAAUGGAGCAAGAGGACCAUGGCCCGUCCUGGGACAAUCUACCCACCGUUAUCUUGCAAGAGAUAUUCUCAUAUUUGUCGCACGAGACCAGAAUAAGAGCCUCCCAGGUGUGCAAAAAUUGGAGAUAUACCUUGUUUCACCCAAACUUCUGGAAAAAAAUCACUUUUGUGUUCAGAGAUCAGGACAGUGUUUUGUGGGCUCGAUUCUUGGCAAAUCGUUUUGCUCUGAGUGUACACGAAGCUACGAUUCGUUGGGCUAAAUCUAGAUCUAGAAAGAUCAAUUGCACAGGAGAAACGUAUAGGCUCUUGAAGAAAUUAAGUCACAAUAGACAAUUGAGAAAAUUGUGCUUGGAAUUCUAUAGUAAUACUAGUGAUUCUCCUUUUGACAACGAGGAUAACAGUAAUUACAAGAGUUCUUCAUCAUUAGAAAGAUGUGUGAUAAAUAUUAUUGAGACUUCUAAUUACUUAGAAGUCCUAAGUCUAGGAUGCAGGGAAGAGUUAAUUAUGAAUUUAUCUGCAAUUGUGGAACCUCUCCGUCUUCAUCACUCCAAACAUUUAACACACCUCAGUCUGGCAUCUAUCAAGGACGAUCCUGACUAUUAUGACUUCUUUGAAUUUGAUAACACUAUUUUUAAUUCGUUUAUCAGAUUGUCUAUCUUAACUUUAGAUUAUGAGUAUGUCAGUGAUGCUUUGUUGAAAGCAUUAGAUAAUGGAUGUAUGCAGAGACUUGUAAUUCAUAUACAUGGUUGGAAACCGGAUUAUCCAGGAACAACAAAUAUGGCUUGGAAAAUAUUUGUCCAAAAAAAUCCACAUUGUGAAUUAAGGCUCAAUCUUAUACAUUCUUAUGCCGGUGUCAAGGUUUUGGAUACUGACAUAUUAUGUCCUGCUAUGCCACUGACACACUUACAAGUUCUAUUCUGUGAAAACAUUAAUAUCAGUGCGUUACAUCGAUUAUCAAUGUGGUAUUCACAUACAUUGCAAUCAUUAACAUGGGUAGAUUCGAUAGAUUACAAACAGAGUAUACCAUCUACAUUUGAUCCAAACGAUCCACAUGGUCCAGAUCCUUUGGUGUUAGUGGCAUGGAAGUGUAAUAAACUUAUGAAGAUGAUGUUUCUGGGUCAUAAAUAUUAUCAAGAGAAUCUAUUGGCCAUCGCGCGUCUCAGAGGCAAUACUCUUAAAUCGUUGGUAUUUGCAAAAAGUGAUAUCAUAUCUGAAGUUGAAUUGUGGCUCGAAGCUGAAAAUAUUAGACGUGAAAUUCGAGAAAUAAUGGGUCCACAUUGGAGGCCCUUGAGUGACUCAGAUUUGCCAAAGGUGAUAUUAGAUCCUUUCAAUGGCGAUAGUAGAGAAGUGAUUGAACCGUUGGUUCUCAGUGAUCAGAAAUAAUUCUCGACAGACGCCAAGGAAAAUCUCUAUCCAGUGUGAUUGUCCAAAAACCAUCUCCGGGCCACCAACAUUCUCAGAAGUAAUGUUAUUAAAUUACAUCUUUUAUUCUUCUACAAAAUUUUUUUAACGAGGGUGAAACAUCGAACAGCAAAUAUGCAGUAUAAGUUCGAAAUCUCGUUGUCAAUAGCGUUAUCGUUUUCCGAGUUGGGAAUUCUGGGUGCAAUGUGUAAGAGAUACAAAGAGAUAAACGCACACAUAACUUUCUCCUCGUUUACCAAUACUUCUAUCGGUUAUUAUAUAUGAAUGUGAUAAAUUGUAGUCAAACUAGAUCUACUUUUGACUUGUUGAUGAUAUAUCUGAUGCAAAUUACAACACAUUUGCAAACAAUGAGAUGAUCUCUUCAACUAAGAGACGAUCUCUCCAGUGAUUUAUAUAUGCACUAUAGUUUUCUUCUUAUGGAAAACCAUGAGUCGCGCUUUGAUAUUAACAAAGCGACAUUAGGAAUGUGAUCACGAACGUACAUUAUCACAUUAAGUGCGAUAUGUAAAUGUAUAUCGUCCCUCUCGUCUAUUAAGUCGAUAUUGCCAGAAGAAGCCAGAAUACAUUUUAUAUAACUACAUUUAUUAUUCUGGUCAAAGAGAGCGGCACAUUAGAACGACGUAGCUGAGAACAAGAUCACAAUAUAAGAAGACUGUCGUGAAUCUUGUAAGAGAUGUAUCAUGCAAAGCGGAGCUGGAGCAAGGAUACGAACGACUUGUUCAGCAGAAAAAGAGAAAGUGUGCAACAUGUAGAAGAGAAAGAGAGAGAGAGAGAGAGAGGGAGGUUCGAAUCUCGUGAUCUUCCACUGGAAAGAAUAACAAAAUUCCACAAACGUAUGUAAGUAGAAAUGCGUUUAACAACAUAUUUUUCCAAUUCUCUGGGAAGUUAGGUGAUAGCGAGCGCCAAGAGCAUGACGUGCGAGAGUAAAUAUCUAGUAAGACUUCGCGAAGAGUUCGUCGAAAUGAGCGGCACGGGAGCAUAAAGAGUCUUGAAGACAAAGAGAAAGUAGAAAGAGAGCACGAAGUCAAUACAGCGAUCCGAGGUUAUUUUUAAUACCAAGACCAAUCGGACGCUUUUGUACAAAUGUUAACAUAGCGCGGUCCACUCGACGAAGUACGUAGAACGCAGUUGCGAGCGAAAACGAAAUGAAAAAGAAAAAGAUCGCUUGAUAUAUAUCCACCACCUGUCUAUGUAUAACUUUCGAUAGGUGAUAAUGAGUAGCGAUCGAACGAGUAACGCAAAUAUAUCUAUACUCAUCGUGCUCUUAGCGAUCGCUGAUGACGAACAUACACGAAUGUAGGUAUAUCUGUAAAAUCGGAGUUAUUAACCGCUAAUCGUAUAUGUAUGUAUAUGUAUGUAUAACUGUAUUAUCUGUCGAACUUUAAACACGUCAACAUCCGGACGCAGCGCGCAUCUAUUUCUGUCGUGCGAUUAACAGUGACGAUUCUGAGAGCGUGUUUAAAAGAGAGAAAGGAAGCGAGAGAGGAAAAGAGUGAGAGAGAGAGAGAGAGAGAGAGAGAGCGCUAUUCGUAACAAAGAUAAAAUACCAAAAUGUAACCGUAUAUGCCGUAUAUACACACAGUUUACUAUUCCGAGAGGUUCUUUACUUUUUUCGAGCCCUUGUAUAAUUAUAUUACAUUAUCGUGUAUCGUAACUUAUAGUCACACGUGUAUUAAUAUUGGUUUUUAUAUGUGGUUUCUGUACAUAUAUCUCUCCAUGCGUUCGAGACACUGGAUACACGCGCGAACGACGCGGAGAUGCGUGCGGAAAAAAUAUACAAGAGGAAGAAGGGAGAGAUAAGGGAAGCACAAAAGGAGGGAGGAGAUGAAAAUACGAGGUGGAGAAAAAGCGUUUCUUUUCGACGUACGACCAGCUGUUAUACAAGAUGAACGGGCCUUAAUAUGUACCUGAGUCGCGGAUAAGGGUAAAUUCACUGAGAAAAUCUGUCACGCGACAUCCACCAUAGAGAGAUAACCAGAUUAAACACCUUAGAAACGGCCGCCGUCCUUCGUGAAUGUGCGGUACGCCAUGUGCACACGCGCCCACGUUCGCCAGGACUAUGGCCAUCAACUUAAGGUAUAUCACGCUCGUGCCCUUUCAUUUCGUAUUCCGCGCGUGUAUAUUUUUACAUCAGAUGAAAGAAAGGGGAGAAGUCUAACGCGAAACGAGAGGAGCUGACUGAGGGAUUUCCAAAAGUCGUAACGAUUAAUUACCGUACGAAUGUAAGCGUAAUCGACUAAAGCUCGUCCGCUGAUCGCCGAUACUACGCGGAUGGAACAAAGACUUUAUCAAGUAAUUUUACGUUUCUUCUCGUUUUUCUUUCGAACGAACGGAAAUUUCACGUGAAGAAGAAAAGAAAGAAAAACUAUAUUCGGGGACGCGAUGUCCAGCGUGUGAGUGUGAUAAAUGAGCGAGAGAAAGAGAGAGAAAGCGAGAGUAAAGUGUGAGAAUAAAUAAAAACCAUGCGACAAUUAUGCGAGAACAAAUUUAAUAGCGUGCGAAUAGAGGAAGAACGAUAAGAAAAUUAUUCGAAAGCGCGGAGCGUGAUGAUAUCGCACGUUUUGAAUAACAAGAUAUCCGCGAUUCGUAGAAACAAUUCAAGUGAUAUGAUAGUACCAUCUCUGCGAGUCCUCUGUAAUAAAGUAAUAUCAUGUGUAGAAAGGCGGUCGUGCAGCCGCUCGACACGGGCACAACGCAAUUAUGUAACCACGUGUCGCUAGCAUGAUAACGACAAAACCACAAGCAUAAGACUGAAUGACUGAACCUGCCGAAGGAGGUGUAUACAAGUCGAGCGGGCUGCAUGUUGCCGCCGCGCGUUGCCAUAUUCAUAAGAGGAGGCAGAACGCGGAAAGCACAUCCGGUCGAAAAAAAAAAGAAGAAAAAUUGUCGCCGUUCCGAAUUGAACGCGGUAACCGUUCUUUCCUCACGGUGUUUUCUCCACUGCGCUUUAGAUGCGGCUUUCCUUCCACGUUGCUUUCCACCUCGGCCUGGUCUAAAUCGCUUCGCCGUUGCGAUCGAGCGGAUGCGAACGUAUUUAUGAAUAUGCGCGUCGCGAAAGCGAAAUAAAUAACAAAGGGAUGGUGCACAAGCUAGCGUUUAGAUCGGAAUAAGCCCUGCGAGAGCUCACUCGACGGCGGUUCUCGUACAGAAGCCGAUAUUAUAAACUAAACCCUUAAAGCAGCCUGCCAAGAAUCAAAAUACUGUAAAAUAUCAAACGAACGCUAGCCAGUACAGAAUGCUAAGAUCUAUUUUUUAAGAAGCGAAUGUAUAUUUUUGUACUAAGGCAGGCCUUAGCGUGUGAUCGUGUCUUCUUGCACAUAAAUGGCGAGACGAGAGCUGUGAUUGUAACGUGUUGGCUAUACAAAACACAGGGAGGGACAGAGGAGAUAGAGAAAUCAACACGGGAAAUGUAUGUCGAAAGCGUAAUCAUGCAUAGUAUGCGAACAACACGAGGGAAACACUAGGAUCCCUGAUUGAUUGUUACCGAGUGAGCUGUAGGCAUAGGCAGGGCGUUAUAAAAUCGAGAAUAAAACAUCUGUGAUAAAGUAGAAAAUCUUACAAGCGUGUUCGAGAGUGGAUGAAGAUCCGCGAGUGUCGAUAGAAAAUAGGGGAAACAAAAUCAGGAGAAAAGAAAGAAAGAGAGAGCUGUGGAGGACCGGAAGUCCACGCGCGAGCGUUGAUGAAACUUGUACGCGCAACAUCAGCGAUUUCUUCGAGACUUAAAAGGGAGUCUAGUGACCUUAAUGCUCCGAAGAAGAGUUUGUCGUGCAUAUGAUUGAUUAGUAGCAGCAAAUCGAAAGAAAAAUGAGAGUGAAAGAGAGAGAGAGAGAGAUUGAUUGAUUGAUUGAUUGAUUGAUUGAUUGAUUGAUUGAGUGAUUGUCUUUCGACAAGAUAGCCCGGUCUAACUAGCAGACGACGACGACAACGACCCGAUCAGCUCAAUCGCGCGCUUUACGUGGAUUUGCACGUUUAUUUUUCUUUUUUUCUUCUCGGCCAGAGCUGGAGCGAUCAGGUGUGCGCGUCCCGCGGAGGAGCGUGGUACUCUUAUCGGAAGUCUGGUAUACAGCGUAGUGUAUAUUUCCCGCAUGAUCUUCGUCGUUUAAGGACGUACAAUGUACCAUGGCUCUAAAGCGGAAUCACGGCCAGUGCGAAGAGUUUUUCUUGUUGCUCCGUCUACGACAUUCCACGAUGAGAAGCGAGGAUCGGGGACACGCGCGACCGCUCCGUCGACUUCUAAA